CGGUAUACUUCGUGUAGUAGAGCAUUACCGACGUGUAAAAGGGCCCAAGGAUAAAAACGAAAAGGGGAACCAUCCAUCACUAAAUCAUGGUCCACUCCUACGGUCUGAAGAGCGGCACCCGCCAUUUGUUUGCGAAGAAGUUCCGCAAGCAUGGCAUGCCCUCCGUCUCGACCAUCCUGACGAAUGUGAAGGUCGGGGAUUACGUCGACGUCGUCGCGGACGCCGCGGUGCGGGAGGGGAUGCCCCACAAAUACUACCACGGCCGCACCGGCAUCGUCUGGAACGUCACCCCCCGCGGUGUGGGCGUGAUUGUCAACAAACCCGUCCGCACCCGCACCCUGCGCAAGCGGAUUUGCGUGCGCUUUGAGCACAUUCGCAAGUCCCGCUGCCAGGAGGCCUUUAAGCAGAAGGAGCGCGACUUCCGCGCGUUUCGGGCCGCCCAGAAGGCCGGCAAGCCGCUCCCGGAGCCGAAGAAAAGCACCCGCAUGGGCGGGUUUGUGCGGCCGAAGAACGUCGAGGUGCUCGCACGCCGUGUUUCCGACUACGAUGCCUAUAUGCCCUACUAAAGGUCAACGCACACGGUGAAGGACUCGAGUAAAAUCGUUAUCAUUAUUUGAAUAAAAGCUCAUUUUAAAAUUUUAUUUUAUUAUUGGCGAAGACGUUUCGCCGCAGUGGUGGA